CUGAUGUUGUGGUGGUUCUGCUGCUGAAAGGAAACAACAUUAACCCUCAAACAAAAGAAAGCUAAGGGAAGUGGCCGGUCUCAUUCCCCUGAUGUGAACAACAAGGUUUGUCUGUCUGUGGCUGUUUCUGCUCUAAUAAUGAAAAUUUCCCCUCUGUGGGACGAUUAAAGGUAUUCUGAUUCUGACUGUUAUAAGGCAAUGAUGUCGUGGAUAAAUUCUGAAUAUUUUUAGUGUGGAUGUUUUGAUCUGCUGUAUUUCAGUUAUGUCUUAAGCAUUUGGACAGUGGUUCAGUCCGUAGGGGCUUGAGCUCCCUGGCGCCAGCUAGACAAAAGAACAAAAAUGCAUGUGCAUGUGUGCACGAAUAUAACUGAGUGUAUUUAUAUGUAACUGUAUAACAAAAAAUGCAUGUGCGUGUACACAAAACAGAGUGGAAAACUGUCCAUCUUUCUUUCUUUCUUUCUUUCUAUUUACUUACUUUAUUUAGGUUCAUUGAUGGCCUUCACCACGUACAAACUGGUGCUGAAAACUUAAGUCUAGCGCUGACCCAUACUAUAACAGUUGAAAUGGAUGCAUCACAAACAGCAGCUAACAGGUCUUGUGUGCAGCUGGAGUGCUACAUGGUCCUCAAGGACGUUGAGAAGAAAGCCAUCGGCUCCAUUUGUUUCCUGGCUGGUCCUUUCACUCUGCUGGAAAAUGCUAUUGUGUUGGGAGUAAUCGCCGCCACCGCCACCCUGCGAAGGCGACCAACCUAUCUGUUCAUUGCCAGCAUUGCUUUGGCUGAUGUCUUCGCCAGCUGCUUCUUUACCAUCAGCUUCCUGGAUUUUCACCUCUUUAAGCACUGUGACGGCCCUGACGCCUAUCUCUUCAAGUUAGGUGGUGUGACAAUGGCCUUCACCAGCUCAGUGGGGAGUUUACUUCUGACUGCUCUGGACCGAUACCUUUGCAUUUACCAGGCCUCCAGCUAUAAGGUGCUGCUGACCCGCAGGAGAGCCAAGCUCUCCCUGGUGAUCCUGUGGAGCACCACUAUCGUUAUGUCCUUCUUGCCUUUGAUGGGCUGGAGGUGUCCUACAGAGCUUAAGCCAUCCUGCUCGCGCCUGUUUCCCUACAUCAACCACGGGUACCUGGCCUGCUGGACCAGCUUUACACUGGUGAUUCUGACUAUGAUCUUGUGUGCAUAUGCUCUGAUCCUGUGGAAGGCCCACCGCCAUGAGUCCUCCAUGACCAGCCUCCAGGGAGCAGCAGGAACAGGCCACGCCCGCAUGAGGAUGGAUAUCAGGCUAGCACGCACCUUUGGCAUGAUCCUGCUCAUACUAGUGGGCUGCUGGCUUCCUGCACUGUCCUUCAUGCUAGCUGAUGUCUCUGUGACUCUGACCCACGCCCAACAGAGGGCCUUUGCAUUUUGCAGCACUCUCUGCCUGGUCAACUCCGCAGUCAACCCACUGCUGUAUGCACUGCGCUGUCGAGAGCUGAGAGUUGUUCUGCUGCAGUUGCUACAAAGGCUAUGUGAGUUUGGGAGGUGUAGAAAGACUACACAGGAUUUACCCCCAGGAUUACAUGCCACAGAAGAAAUCAACUGUUCUGCCAUCUCUGACCAUGAGAUACACACCAACAGAGCAAUGGAACUUCACUCAGUCUCAGAAAUGAUGAAAAAUCAGCCGGUCAAUACUGGAAUAUCAGUUGAAAUUAAGGAGUAAGUGGGUUUUUUUUGGCGUUCUUGGGUUUUUCUAACAGACAUAACAGAGAAUGAAUAAAAUAUUCUGUACAUGUGAGCAGGAUUUAUUCCUAUCAUUUAUUAAUGUUGGCACAUAUUUUUUUACCUAGGCUAUUAUUGUAAAGAUCAAAAAUCAGUAUUUGAAACAGGUGAUCCAAAAGAAAUCUGAUUUUAAAAGCAUAACAUGGGAAACAUGAUGAACACAAAUGUUAUGUUUAAUAUAUUCAAUGAAAAUAAAGUUUUAAGGAGAAACCAUGACCUUUAAAACAAAUAUAUAACACAUUACUUUAAUCUUAAAUAAAACAUGGACAUUUUAAAAUAUAGUUAGAACAAUUAACUGGAAACAGAUUCCAGUGGGGGAAAAGCCAUUCAUCUCAAGGCAUUGUUUCAGGAAAGACAAAAGGUUUAUGAUUGUGAUAAUAUCAUGUAGCCAUCUCACCUUCAACAUUUGACCUCUCCGCGUUCCAUUCUCAGAGCUUUAACCCUCUCCCUCGUCUGAAACAUUGUGUCCUGGUAACCGAAACUUUCGGCCACAUCCAUCAAGACCAAUUUGUUGUAUAUUCUUGUCUGACAUUUUAUUACAUUGUUGUGUUGACUUAUUGACAAAACGGUUGCCUACAUGUUACACAAUAUGACUUAUAACGUAUGCACUGUACCCAUGGUGUUAUUCAUAUUACAGUCACUAUCUGUAAAGAUGCUAUGUGGUCUAUUUAUUGGCCGUUUUUUGGUAUUUAACUGUUAAAAUGACAGCCAAGGCUAACAGUGUUUGCUUGUUUAUGUUUGAGUAUUUGUCCCUGGGCUUGCAGGGACAGAGGGCCCUGUGGGUUGCCUGUCCCAUCUGCACAUGAAUGCCACAACUCAACAAAAGCCUCUUGCAUAGGAGGGUCUCCCACAAUGUUCACCACAUGAAUCCAAGCAGUGUGUCGAGGUAAAUGGAGCACAUGCCAUGAAGGGAACAAGCAGAGACACUAGAACACUCUUUGCAGUAGUGACAACUGGCAGCUGCAGGAAAGCACAUAUUUAACAUACAUACGCUUAAACUCACAGGUGCACCAACUACACAGAACAUAUCAAAUGAUUAAAGAUUAUACUUG